ACAAGCACCACCAGACAGUUGGCAAGUGUUCACCGUAGUGGGAAUACAGCAGUGCAGCUCCUCGAUCUCGAGUAAAUUUCGAAAAUUCUAACCAACUCAAACAUCACUUGUAAUCAUGGCAAGACUUCCGUUGAGUAUUCAAGCCAUUGAGUCAAGCUGCUGCGUGAACGUUCCAUCCAAUAAAAAGAAAACAUUAUAUUCAUCAUGGAUGUGGAUCCUGACCUUCUUUACCUACUGCUCGUACCAUCUUUCCCGCAAACCCAUAUCUGUCGUGAAGAAUGUCCUGAACCAGAACUGCUCAGGUUUGGUGCCGCCAUAUGAAACCAACAAUAGCCAUUGGUGUGACUGGAAGCCCUUUGACGGUGAAGACUCAGGAAUCCUGUUGGGAAUGGUAGACUCCUCUUUCCUCUUUGCCUAUGCUGGUGGCAUGUUUGUCAGUGGGCUUGUGGCAGAGAGAGUUGACCUGCGCCUCUUCCUGUCAUUUGGCAUGAUACUAUCGGGUGUGUUUUGUGGCAUGUUUGGUCUUGGCUACUCAUUUGGUAUACACAGCUUGUGGUUCUACAUCACAGCUCAGGUCUUAUGCGGACUAAUGCAAACCACAGGAUGGCCCGGUGUUGUGACUGCCCUGGGAAACUGGUUUGGAAAAGGAAAGAGAGGUUUGAUCUUUGGCAUUUGGAACUCCCAUACCUCAGUGGGUAACAUUCUCGGCACCCUGAUUGCUGCUGCAUUCGUUGGUACAAACUGGGCCCUGUCGUUCAUCAUCCCCGGCAUAAUCAUCGCAUCAGUAGGAGUUGUGGUUCUCUUCUUCAUGGUUCCUGAGCCUCAGAUGGUUGGCCUUCCUAACCCCAACACCCAGAAAGACCCUGAGGGCGUCUCUCCCCCACCAAGGAGGAGAGACAUGGCAGAUGUUUCAGUGGCACCGGAUGAUGAUGAUGAUGAGUCUACGGCCCUUUUGGACGAAGAUACACCAACAGUAUCAUACAUUGAGAAAGAUAAGAAAAUGGAGUCUGAACAAAAUGUCCCCAAUCAGAAAGAAGACAAGGCCAUCAGUUUCUUUGGAGCUUUAUCUAUCCCAGGUGUAGUGGAGUUUUCCCUGUGUCUCUUCUUUGCCAAACUGGUGUCCUACACAUUCCUGUACUGGCUACCGAACUACAUCCUAAACAGCACUCCAUAUACUGCAGAGCAGAGUGCCAACUUGUCCACCUUCUUUGACGUGGGAGGGAUAAUUGGCGGUAUCUUGGCCGGCAUCAUCAGUGAUCAUUCGGGCAUGUCAGCUACUACGUGUUCUGUCAUGCUCAUCGUUGCCGUUCCAAUGAUGUACAUAUAUCGUCACGUUCAGCAUGCUUCAUAUAUGGUUGACGUGGGACUGCUGCUUCUUGUGGGCACAAUAGUUAACGGCCCAUAUUCCCUCAUCACUACUGCUGUCUCGGCAGAUCUAGGAACACACCCAAUCCUUGCAGGCAGUGCCAAGGCACUUGCCACAGUCACUGCCAUAAUAGAUGGCACUGGAUCCAUAGGUGCAGCCCUGGGACCUCUGAUCGCUGGACGGAUAUCAGAGCUCGAUUGGAACUAUGUCUUCUACAUGCUUAUGGCAGCUGAUGUGCUUGCUCUCAUUCUCUUGACACGACUCGUCACCCGUGAGAUCCGGCAUAAGUGGCAACAACGCAGACUAAGGUAUCAUCAUCCGCUUUGAAUAAGUUCGCCAAAUUUAUAAAUUAUUUUAUUAUAAAGAUCAUCAUAAUAUUUGUACAUUACCAGUUUUUAUAUAAUGUAGUGUAGAGUAGUGAUGUAGCAAGAGUAUGAAGCAGUUAAAUAAUUCAUACAACUAAUCACAGGUGUUGCUUGUUUUAUUUGUGUAAACAUCUUUUAGAUAGCAUCUGAUCAGCAAAGUAUGAGAAUUUACCAAGUAUUUGCAGAUUUCAGUAUUCGUAUUAAUUACUCCAGAAUAGGUUUAAUUUCCCAGUCUUAUAUUAACAUUACACUAGUUGGGAAA